CGAACUCUGGAGCAACAAUACGAUGAGCGACACAGCAGACAACCCCCCCGCGGUAGAGCCCAGAGAGCCAUACCGGUACCGGUACGAGGCGCUACCAACAGGCUCAUCCAUUAGGCUGUUAAGCGUUGUUGGAAAGGGAGUGGAUGGGUCGGUGCAUGUAACCCUGAAGACCGUCGACCUGGAAGAUGAUCCCUUUUUCUACGCCUUGUCAUACACCUGGGGCAAUCCUCAUGCGAAUGGAGUUGACUUCACUGCACAUUUCAAUGCUGUUGACAGCGAGUACAGCCAUAUCGAAAAAAGUCCAAUCUUAUGCGACGGGGAGAGACUUGAAAUCCAGAGGAACCUACUCGAUGUUCUUCACGAGUUCCUUGACGCUUUGGGCGGGCACCAGGAAUAUGACCAGAGUCCUGAGAACUUGAUAAGGUCGCCAUUUCCUUUGGCGAACCAGAGGGGUGACAUUUGGAUCGACGCCGUUUGCAUCAACCAGCAGGACAUGGAGGAGCGAGGACAACAAGUCAGAAUCAUGGACAAGAUCUACACAAAAGCCACGCAGACAAUCACCUGGCUGGGCCGCGCCGACCAGUACACCACCGCCGCCGUCAAAACUAUCGAAACAGUCGCGGCUUAUCCCAGAGAUGCGUUUGUUCAGAGUGAAGCCACCCCUUUUCGGCAGCAAGACCCUGAGGUAUAUGCCAAAAGCAGCCUCGCCUACACGAGCUGGAUGGACUGGUGUAGUCUAGCUGCCCUCCUCAAACGACAGUGGUUCAACCGUUUGUGGAUCAUCCAGGAGGCCAUCCUUUCUCGGGACUUGGUCCUACUCUGCGGAAAGCACAAGAUAUCCUGGACAGACCUUGUCGCUGCAGCACGUAACAUCGAAGCUCGUUGUCAGGUAGUGGGCUGGAGCCCGAGUACCAUGUUCCUCCAGAGUCAUGAGAUCGCGGUGCCCCUCGAACACAACGUCCUACGGCUUGCGGACUGGCGAGACCAUUUUCACAGCGGCGAGACCACCGGGCACGGGCACUUCACACUCGAGAACCUCAUCUACGACACGUGGAUCUUCAACUCGGGUGACCCCCGCGACAAGGUCUAUGGUAUUCUCGGCCUGGCGGACCCCGAAGUGCGCGCGGGAUGGGUUAUCGACUACUACAGCUCACCCGAAGAGGUCUUUGCCAUCACCACCAGGACCAUCAUCGAGCAAACUCAAUCCCUCAAGAUCCUCUCGUGCGUGCAGGAUGCCUCAAAGCGCAAGAUCGCCACAUACCCCUCCUGGGUCCCCGACUACAGCCUCCCCUACUUCAACAUGAUGUGCAACCACGGCUCGUUCGCCGCGGCGGGGGCACAGUACGAAGCGCCUCAGCUAGUGCCAUCGCCACCAGGGCCAAGCUCAUGGUCUCGCCUGCGCUUGCAGGCCCACGUGUUCGAUACCAUGGUUGAAACGGCCAACGAGCGGACAGACUACGUCAACAGCUCCAUGCUUCUCGAGCCGUCAUGGUUCGAACUCGCGCUGCUCCUGAAGACCCCGUACCCCGCCACGGGUGAGAAGCGGACCGAGGUUCUCUGGCGGACGCUCUGUGCCGACCAGGACGCCGGCUCCACCGUUAGUCCGGCCCCGGCCCGGUUUGGGGAGCUGUUCAAGGAACUUGUGAGCGCGAUGGUGGUUGUGCGGGCUGAGCUUGAGGAGGAGGUCUCUCAGGAGCCGGACCCGCCGCGGGAUUGUGCCCAGUCCUUUGCACAGGCGCUGCAGAGAGCGAAGGAGAUUUGGGCCGAUGUCGGUUGGGCUGGGCUCGGUGCCGAACAAAUCCGGGAAAAGACGAAUUCGCGGCCUAAGUUUCUGGGCAGACCCGAUUUUGGUUGGCUGGUGUAUACGCUGAUCAAGCUCCAAGCUUUGUUUCUGACCGAAGACGGUGGGAAGGCGGACACCCCGAGCUGGGGGGAGCUGGAGAGGUUUCAUGAGAACCCAACCUACGUUAUGAGAGUGAAGGACGGAGAGGAGAAGUCGCUUGUUCAGCCCAAAGACGCCGCGUUUACGAACUCGUUUCGGCGGAGAUACGGGAAGAGGAAGUUGUUUUACACCGAAAAGGGGUAUCUGGGUCUUGGUCCGGCCUCGGCUACUGUGGGAGAUGUAGUAUGCAUCGUGCCUGGGGCUGCGGGCCCGUUUCUGGUUCGGCCUGAUCAGGAUGGGGGUGUCAAGUUGGAUCAUCACCAGGGCUGCGGUGACGAGGGGGGUCAAACUGAAAGGUUCCGUCUCAUCGGGGAAAGCUAUGUUCAUGGUAUCAUGCAUGGCGAGGCUCUUGCGACCGAAGGCUUUGGUUUGGUAGAGAUUGAGAUCGUUUGAAGCACUAGCGGCUUGUAGGUCUCCUGGUAUCUCGACAAACUCUUUUUGACAACUUUCUCCGCGUCCACGUGUGCCGGGAAGAAGCCCGGUAGUAGUUUCCAGUUAGCUACCUGUCCUCGGUCUUUUGCAACGGGGCGUGACUGGUUUGUCCACUGAAUUAGGCAUAUAGCAAGCUUGAUAACUUGCCCGCCAUUGCGUCCCAAUCACUCUUUUGCUUCGUUUGGUCGGUAUUCAAGGCAAGGAUAAGCCCCCCAGUCAAAACUUCCGAAUAAAACAAGGAAGCAUGCACGAGGGCCCAGGCUCGCCGGACGGCCCAGACUAAAAGCACCGAUCCCAGCUCGUUGA